AUGCCGCUCACCCUCCAUCACAUGGGUGUUUCCCAAUCCGAGCGUAUUGUCUGGCUCGCCGAAGAACUCGGACUCGAUUACCAAUUGGUCCAUCAUAAAAGAGAUCCUCUCUUAUCCCCCCAGUCCAUCAAAGAUCUCCACCCCGCGGGCACCGCUCCCGUCAUAGUAGACGAUCCCUCCCCUGUCACUCACUCUCGCGUGGUGCUGGCAGAGUCGUGUGCAAUCGUCGACUACAUUAUCGCUGUCUAUGGCCAAGGCCACCUCGCGUUGACUCCACAAGAUGGCGCUGCGUACCCUCACUACCUUGAAUGGUACCAUUUUGCCAACGGGACUCUUCAACCAGCCAUCAUGCGGCUGUUCAUCGCUAGCAACGCGAAUCCGGAUCCCAGCUCGCCGAUCGUGGCUAUGACGGCCCAGAAAAAAGACCAUGCUCUUUCCAUGGUGGAGAACAGACUCGCAAAGACGGGGGCGUAUCUGGCCGGUGACGCGUUGACCGCGGCGGAUAUCAUGACGGUGUUCAGUUUAACCACGAUGAGGGGCUUUGUCCCAAUGGAAUUCGAUCAGACAAAGCAUGCCCACAUUCUGUCUUACCUGAAACGCAUUUGCGAGAGACCAGCCUAUAAAAAGGCCAUGGAGCUCUGUGAAGGCAAAGACUUCGUGCCCAUGGUGGGCCCCAAAAUCGAGCCCUUUAAUUUAGGGGCAGCGUGA